AUGGAGGCAAACAUUCACGAAUUCAUUAGUGGUCUACCAGAAGGGUAUGUCACUGUUGUUGGAGACAAAGGGAGCCAGCUUUCAGGAGGGCAGAAACAGAGGAUUGCUAUUGCAAGAACAAUACUAAAGAGGCUUGCCAUUCUGCUUCUUGAUGAGGCAACCAGCGCACUUGACGGUGAAUCUGAGAGGGUGGUUAUGAGCUCUUUAGGGGCCAAAGUGUGGAAGGACAAAGAUGAGCAAACCAGUAUGAUUACAACUAUCACAGUUGCACACAGAUUGUCCACGGUCAUAAAUGCAGAUACGAUAGUUGUGAUGGAAAAGGAAAGGUUGUUGAACUUGGUAAUCACCAAGCGUUGA